ACUCACACGGCAACCUUCAAUACUGUUCAGCCUCGACCUUUUGAACCUGACCCUCAGUGUGGGUAUCUGCGAACAUGGCUUUUGUCAACUGCCUAAGAGCACUCAUCAACCAGGCUAAGAAGCUGACCUGCUGUCGUGUCCAGAGAUCAGAGCUGGAGGCGAAGGAGGCCUGUGACUGGCUCAGAGCAGCGGGGUUUCCUCAGUAUGCUCAGCUCUAUGAAGCCUCUCUGUUCCCCAUUGAGAUCUCUGCUGUGAGGAGAGACCAUGAGUUUCUGGAUCACGACUCUCUCAAGGCAUUAUGCAGGAGGCUAAUAACCCUGAACAAAUGUGCUGCGAUGAGCUUAGAGGUUCAUUUCCAGUGUAAACAGCAGAGUGAGGACUCAGAGGAGGAUGACGCAUGCGCCCUUAGCUCCCGCUGGGCAUUUCAGCGUGAGAGUAAAACUUGGUCCCGUCUCCACACUCUCUCACCGUCCCCUGUCCCCCCUGGCAACUGGGCCUCGACCUUACGACCCUCAGGCAGUAGCGAUAGCGUGCUGAGUGACAUUAGUCUCCUAGAAGUCACUUCAUUGACCUCCGACCUCAGUGCUAGCAGCUUGAGCUUAGACAGUGCCCGGGAAACAACUUCUCCAGAGGUUGCAGCUUUUAGUGACGUCACAGUGGGUGAAGGAGCAUCGUUAGUUUGCGUCUCAACAGGCCAAGAUGAAAACGACGACACCGGAUCAUCAUCAUCUUUGCCGUCCAUAAGAGAGAAGCCGAAGCGUCCUUCUAGAUCUUUUUUACGGAGGAAGGAAUCAGUAAAGAAGCGGGAUUGUGAGAGAGAGACAGUUCCAAAGAGCAUUUCAAAGGUAAUUCAACACCAGCCACCCUCUGGUCUGCACUGUACAUCCAACGCAAGUUUACCUGGUCAAACCACAAAUAAGUGCAGAAUUGCCAAAGAUGUGGCAUGGAGGUCACAUACAAUAUGCCGCAGUAACGUUAGCCAGAAACACACUCUGCACAAGCCUCACAGAGAAUGCCUUUACCUGGAAGACUACCAGUUAACUUGGGAGAUGCCCAAGUUAACCAAUCAAAUCAACCGUCAGAGGAAAGAGGAUCGUGUGGUCCACCUCCCCUUUGACCACAAGCCUGGAACUUUCCCCAAGUCUCUCUCAGUUGAAAGUCUCUGUCCGUUCUCUGUUUCUCAAAGUCCUGACCAUACUGACUGGGCAGGAGAAGAUGGAGACCUGUCCGUGGAUGGAAGCGUUAGUCGCAGUGGGUCGCAAGACUUUCUCUCAGGUUUUGGGAGAAGGAGGAACUCUAUGAGCUCAGUUGGAAGCAUUUACGACAAUGUUCCAGAGACACCAGGCAGUCCAUGUGACAUUUUUGACCGUGGAAAAGAGAAAGCCUUCCAGCAUCUGGAUGACAUUCUACAGCAUGUACAUGGGCUACAGCACAACAUCGAUGAAUGGUCGCGCUCGCUCGGCAUUCAACCACAAGACCAAUCGAAUGUGGAGACAGAAUCCACGACGGACACAACUUUACCCAGCAGUCUGAACGAUGAUGAGCAAUCUAUGUCGGAUGUCGGGACGACAGUGAGCGAUUAUGAUAGUCCAGGAAACUCUGUGAAUGAAGGAGAAGGAGGAAUGAGCGAGAGGAGGGACUCAGGGGUGGGGGCAUCACUCACGAGACCCAACAGAAAGUUGCGCUGGCACAGUUUCCAGAACUCUCAUCGUCCGAGCGUGACCUCAGCGUCUUUAGAAAUCAACAGGCAGUCAGCUGCCCAACUCAAUCUGCUGCAGAAAUUCAGCCUUUUACGACUGACCGCCAUCCUGGAGAAACACACAGACACCAGCAAACACGGCUGGAAUUGGGUGGUUCCGAAGUUUAUGAAGCGUUCCAAAGUUCCAGAUUACAAAGAUAAAUACGUGUUUGGAGUUCCGCCAAUCGUAAACGUUCAGCGAACUGGCCAGCCUCUGCCUCAGAGCAUCCAGCAGGCGAUGAGAUACCUACGCAGCCAGUGUCUAGAGAAGGUGGGAAUAUUCCGGAAAUCAGGGGUUAAAUCCCGAAUUCAGGCCCUCAGGCAGCUCAAUGAGAAUUCCCCCGAUCAUGUGACCUACCAGGGCCAAUCAGCUUAUGACGUGGCUGAUCUGAUUAAACAGUACUUUAGGGAUCUGCCUGAACCCGUGCUCACCUCCAAACUUACAGACACCUUUCUGCAUGUGUACCAGUUCGUUCCAGCGGAGCAGCGCUUACAGGCCGUGCAAGCAGCCGUGGUUCUGCUGCCAGAUGAGAACAGAGAGGUUCUACAGACGUUGCUCUAUUUCCUCAGUGACAUUGCAUCUGCGCAGGAAAACCAAAUGACUGCGGAGAGUCUGGCUGUCUGUCUCGCACCCUCCAUACUGCACCUGAAUGCCUCCAAGAAAGAUGGCGCUUCACCAAGGCUCAUGAGCAGGAAGGGAGGAGCCAAACCAGACCACAAGGACCUGAGUGAGAACAUGGCUGCCACACACUGCCUUAGUCACAUGAUCACUGAAUGCAAGAAACUAUUCCAGAUCCCGCAUGAAAUGAUGCUUCAGUCUAGGAAUUCUUAUGUGGCUGCUGACGCUCAGCCGCUGCCUCUGCACGGGCUUGGGGUGAAUGCCCUGGGCGAGCCAGUGGAUUACCGGGCAUACCUAGAAGACAACAUUCAGUGUCUUCUCAGAGAGGCAUCUGAGCGCAGUAAAGGCUGGCACCAUGCCCACGGCCCCGACAACACUGAGCUGGCUUAUAAAAAGGUAGGAGACGGGCACCCGAUGCGUUUAUGGCGCGUUUCGGUGGAGAUAGAGGCCCCGCCAGCUGUGGUGCUGCAGCGUGUUCUGCGAGAGCGCCACCUGUGGGAUGAAGACCUUCUGCACAGUCGAGUCAUUGAGACUUUGGAAAACAACACAGAGGUUUUCCAUUACAUCACAGACAGCAUGGCUCCACAUCCUCGUAGAAACUUCAUAGUGCUCAGGGGGCGCUCUCCGGAUUGGUAUAAUAAAGUGUUCGGUCAUCUGUGUGCAAUGGAGGUUGUCAAAAUACGCAGUUCUUUCCCUGUUCUGACAGCACGAGGACCUGAGACCAAACUCUGA